AUGUCCAAACUGAUGCAUGUCCGGAAGCAACCGUACCGGGCACAAAAACUGUGUCAGCCCUUUGACAUCUGCGAACCCGAAUGUGACGAUGGUUGCCCGAACGGAAAAUGUGUUGCACCCAAUGAAUGCAUCUGCGAGGAAGGGUUUAUCAAAACCGACUCCGGAAAGUGUGAGGUGGACAAACCACCAACGACGACUCCCGAGCCUUGUGAACAAGGCUACGAGGAGAGCAAUGGAACAUGUAUUCCAAUUUGUAACGAACAAUGUAUUCACGGUGAAUGUAUGGCUCCGAAUCAGUGCGAAUGCUACGAAGGAUACUCGAAUGCUAACUCUACAGCGAAUCAUCUAUGCCAGCCGGUUUGUUCGAACGGAUGUUUAUACGGAGACUGUAUAGCUCCCAGAAAGUGCAUUUGUCACAAAGGCUACGGAAAGAUUGCGGACGAGUGCAUUCCACUGUGCGAACGGUGCUCCCUAGGACACUGUGUUCGUCCAGAUGAAUGCAUUUGCGAUCGAGGAUAUGAUCUGAUUGAUGGCGAUUGCGUUCCGAUUUGUGAGGAAGAGUGUAAAAAUGCUCGGUGUACCGGACCGAACUCCUGUACGUGCCUACCGGGCUUCAACUAUACGGAUAUUAACUCACUAUUUGAAUGCUUACCAGUGUGUGAUGAUGAUUGUGAAAAUGGGGUCUGUGUCGCGCCAAACACGUGCGAAUGUAAUCCAGGAUUCGUGAAAGAUGACGACGCCUGUGUGGAUCCGAUUGUGGUGUGUCAAGCGAGAUGUGUCAACGGUAUCUGUAACGGGGAUGCAAAGUGUGUUUGCAAUCACGGCUACACCAUGAACAUGAUUGGUUUGUGUGAAAAGACCUGUCCAGAUGGCUGUGUCCACGGAGAAUGUGUGGGUGGCGAGUGUUUAUGUAAUGAAUACUACCGGCUUACAGAGACGAACUCUUCAGUUUGUGAGCCGAUUUGCGAUGAUGGCGACGAUGACGAAUACGAGAAUGGAUGCUUGAAUGGCAGAUGCAUCGAGCCCAACGUCUGCCAGUGCGACGAUGGCUAUGACUUCGUUGAUGGAAGCCGAAUGCGGUGCCAAUCGGUUGAAGAACUUCGUCUGGAAAAGGAAAGGCAAUUGAAGGAAAAACUGUGUUUGAGCGAUUGCAGUAACGGAGUGUGCGAGCAAGGCUACUGUCAGUGUUCGAUGGGUUAUGUGAAUCCCAAAGCACAGAACCAUCGAUGCGUUCCAGCAUGUGAACCUGAGUGCCAGAAUGCCAGUUGUGUGUUACGCAAUCGCUGCGAGUGUGAUUUAGGGUACGAAUUUUACAAUCACAGUAGCACAGUUUGUAUCCACGAAGAGGACAUUAGACGCUUUAAGACACAGCAGAAUCAAGAGCAUUGUGAAGAAAACUGUCAGAAUGGUAAUUGUGAAGAGGGAAAGUGUUUCUGCAUAGUGGGUUUCCGUCCUUCGGCAAGUGACGAAUUUAACUGUCAGCCAUAUUGUGACCGACCGUGCUUGAAUGGAGUUUGUGCUGGUAACAAUCGCUGCAGAUGUUUUGAAGGAUACAGGAAUGAUGACAAUGGUAGCGCUUGUGAACCAGAGUGCGAACAUGAAUGCUUGAACGGUCAUUGUGCUGGACCCAAUGAGUGUAAGUGUGAUCCCGGUUAUGUGUUUGAAGCGGGAAGUGUAAACGUUUGUGAAAAUGAGUUAUCGAAAAAGGAAAUUAUUGCCAAUGAGAAACAGCUGGCUUGUAAAACGAAGUGUGAUAAUGGUAUCUGUAUCGAAGGACUAUGUGAAUGUUCCGAUGGGUAUCAUAAUGCGGACAAAUCGAAACUAACGUGCGAACCGUUGUGUCCACAAGGAUGUGAAAACGGUGAAUAUUUGGCUCCUGGGGAGUGUUUGUGUGCUGAAGGCUAUGAAUUAACCAGUGAACAUGGCUGUGAGCCGAUUUGCGAACAAGAUUGUGUGAAUGGAUUCUGUAGUGCACCAGGAAAGUGUGAAUGCUCAGCAGGUUACGCAAGGACAGAUAUCGAAAGUAUGUGCGUAGCCGACUGCGGUAAAGAGGGUUGUCUAAAUGGACACUGCGUUGCUCCAAAUGUUUGUGAAUGCUUUGCCGGUUAUCAGCAGAAUGAAGAGGAAGGGACAAGCUGUCAAUUAAUACCGGAGAUUAUCUAUAAAGUAGACAGUGUGCAUCAUUCGGUGCGUAUCAGUUGUAAGAAUCAAAAUCUUAGUACACAGUUUAGUUCAAAAUCGAUUUAUUACGUAUACUGA